CAAUCUGCAUUAUUCGUUUCGAGCCUCUGCGUUUUCUCAGCCUUCGCUGUGUCUGUCUAAAAUUGUUUACGCUUGUCCCUUAUCCGCUGAAGUUGUAUUUUUUCUCGACUGUGGCAUGCAGCGUCACCUCGCGUCGCCAGCUGGAAGCUUGUGCAGUUUCUACUAACCUCGUUCCUUCGCGUUAAGUAAUCCAGCAUUAGGGUUCCGAACCUUGCGUGCCUCCCAUCGUGACCGUUUCAACAAUGUCCGAGAUACGCCUACACCCGCUUUGUUCAAUACCAAGACGACGGCUCCACCUUCCCUUACUCCAUCGUUCUCAACCUCAUCGGACCCCUCAGCAGUAACACUUCCAUGCUGCCUCGCUCCUCGCAAGCUCUAGCGCUUGCACCCGGCGUCCAGUAUAUACAAACUCCAUCUAGGUUUUCAUGUCGACGCGUCACGAGCAGUAGUCGUGUUCUGAGACAUCUCGAAGCAAGCUCGACUUUAGGGCUUCAUGUCGAAACGUAACGAGCAGUAGUCGUGUUCUGAGACGUCUCAAAGCAAGCUCGACUUAGGGUUUCAUGUCGACGCGUAAUGAGCAGGAGCUUAUUCUGGGCCUGGGAAUAUCGAGAGGGUCCGAUGUUCUUAUAUCGCAUAGCCCCCUUAAAGGGGAGUUUGACGAUUUCCUCCUCGAAGCGGCGAAGAAGGUGCCGAAGUACGCGCGAUGGUUCUCAUUGAGCUGGGAUCAGGUGAUGCUAAUAUUCUUAGUCCAUAAAGACACCAUCUGCACGCUAGCUGCGCACGAGUGCCUGGGCCGCUCCCAGGCGCGCUACCACCUGGAGAAUCUCCUGGACGACUUCCGCGCGCACGAGCGCGGGGGGGUGCUCUCCUUCUCCGCGCACCAGCGCCUGGAGCGGAAGCUUCAGGCGGUAGUCUCCGCCAACAAGGGCGUCGUACCCCCGCGGGUCGUCUUAUACCUCUACCCGGGCGCGCCUAAGAAGUUCCUAACCAAGGCGGACCAAGAACCGGAGUAUAUUCGGCCGGAGGGGAAGACCCGGCUGCAGAAGGAGUUGGAAGAAUUCGACGAGGACGAUGAUUUUGUGUUCUCGACCGAGCAUAAGGAAGCCAUGGCGGCAGCGGCGGCGGCGGCGGGCGCGGGACGGGAAGGGGGAGGCGGAGCGGGGAGGCGAGCAGGUUUGCCGCCGUUAGCGGGAAGGGGGAGGAAAGGAGGGGGAGCGGGAGGGGGCGGGGCAGUGGGGGGAAAAGGGGCCCCGCCAGUGUCAGUGUCGCAGCGGUUUUCCAGAGAGCUCUGGCGGUUAAAGAACCCCACUGACGCGUGGCAUGGUGCGUACCCGUAUCUAAGUGAAGCUCUCACCCCCUCCGUCCCUGACCCGAAGCAGUCGAAACAAAAACCAAAGCGAGGGGCGUCCGCGUUAGCAGUCGCUGCUGCAUCAGCAAAAGCGGCCAAGGGGCGGCGGCUCUCGUCGUCAUCCGACCCGGGCCUAAACGACCCCCCAAGCCCGAGGUUCGGGUGGGGGGGCGGGGGGAUCUCCGACGGGUCCCUAUGGUUGUCCGGGUUACAGGGGCGCAUGAGCCCCUCGCUCUCCAUGGAUUUCUCUCAAAUGGGCGCGCCGGAGGGGCCCGGGAGUGUGCUACAAGCGGGGCUUAAUCUCAUGUUCGACGCGUCUAUAGGGAUCACGUCGGAGUAUGCUGCCAUGCGGAGCCGGAGCACGUGGUCGGUGCAGCUGACUAGGGUCUCUGCGGAGAGUAGUAAUAACUGGGAGGUUGGUUUUGGGGAGCUCAAACGGUGUGCGGCUGGGGGGGGUACAGUGGGGAUUGCGAUUGUGGGGAGUAAAGGGGAAGGGAGCAAAGGGGAGGGGAGUAAGGGGGAGAGGCCGUCGUCUCGAGGGGGGAAGGGGGAGGGGCGGAGCAGCAAGAGCAGUAGUGCGAAGGAGGGGAGAGAGGGUGGCAGCAGUAGCAGCAGCAGCACGAGGAAGUCUGGUGCAAUGACGGGGAUAGUGACCAGAAAGAAGGACGGCACGCACAGCGUGAUGAUCGCACGGGGCGGCAGCGGGUCCGCUGUGGACCUCAAGAGCAGGAAGGAUGACGUGGCAGGUACGAAAGGAGGAGCAGCAGGGGGUGCGCAGGAGGGUGGUGCUGCUGCGGGUGCAGAGCCGCUAAAAGAAGGUGAAGCUGGUAAAGAGGGGGGCGAGAGGAAAGGUAGAGAAAAGAUAAAGGGGCACAUUCAGGCUCGCGCGCCCUCGGGCUUAUCCUGGGAAGAUGAGAUCGCGUCACAGCUAGCUGCAGUCGGCGUGAGAGUAGCCCCUAGCAAGUCUGCGAAAGACAGCAGCAGCAGCGACGACGACGAUGAUGACAGGAAGAGCAAGGACGGGCGGAGGUCCGGGAUCGACCAGUCGCCGCGCGCCGCAUCAGCAGUGUACGCGUCACAGGCCGCGCGAAAACCCAAGGGGCCGACGACCUCGGUGUUUGAGAGAAAACGGCCGGAGUAUACCCGGUCGCCAUCGGAUCUACACGGCGAGCAUGGGAGGGCGGGCAGUACGGGGGGAAGCAUUGGGCGGUCGUCGGGUUUGGCGGGGCUGGGGCGGCUAGCUAGGGGGUUGAAGAAGACGUUUAACAUCCAGGGCGACCAGCAUGCCAGCUGACUGGUGGCAUUGUGACAGUUGAGUUGACUCUCUCGUCGCCUUGGCAGGGGGUUGAAUAAGACUUUUAACAACCAGGGCGACCGGCAUGCGAGCUGAUUGGGGAGCUUGUAGUCUGGACGGUGGGGGCUUGCCAGGCGGCUGGCGAAGACUUGUACCUAUUUAGCCCAGCAGCAUGGCAAGAGCAUGCUAGCAGCAUAGAAGCUGGCAGGCAGCUGUAGUUCUGGCUGGGAAUUUGAGGAGUCGAAUGAGGCAUUUGGUACUGAGGGGCGAGUAGCGUGCAAGCGGCAUGCUAGCUGCAUGGCAGGCAGGAUGCAGGCAGCAAGCUUGGUAACAUGCUCGCAGCUUGCAAGCCUUGUGCAGGCGGCAUGCAAGCUGGUAACAGGAGCGGCAAUGUCCAAGUGGCCGGGUGGGGCAGGUCGAGACACAUUUCCUUGUGGGUAGAUUGGGAUAGAUAGUGGACUAUGGUUAGUUGACCAGGCGAAGGGUGAUCAGCAUAUUGGCUGGCUGGAAGAGGGCUGCCGAGCUGUUGGAUCGACCCAAAGGCCACCUCAUGGCUGAAGAAGGGCGUCGUAGCCGCUGGGUGCUUUGUGCUGGUUGGCAACUAGUGGCGUUUAUCAGCGACAGAACUACAGCAUAGGUUAUCUGGCUUUAAUCAAGAACGGGAGGAGCAGCCAUGGUGUGGCAAGGAAGGUAGUGACAUAGAUGGGAGGGGGGGGGGGGGGGGGGGUUGGAUAUGAUUGGACUAACAACUGUGGCUUUUAGGGUGAUGCAGAUGCAGGGCGAGUCAACAGGUGAUGUCAGUUCAUAAUUUUGCAACUGUAGGAGGGUCGGGACUGUACUAGCAGGUUUGGUUGCACGUCUUCAAAAGAGUCUGUAGAAGGCAAGCAAGACGUCUAACGGUAGGAGCAGCAUAAAUGUAUGUCAAGGAAUGUGGUGGUGGUGUGGUGAAUGUCAACUAAUUAUUUCCUAUAUGUACCAUGCUUCU